ACCACACACUACAAGCUUAAUACAACUCUUCACUUGCUCCAACCACACAGAGAGAGAGAGAGAGAGAGAGAGAGAGAGAGGGAGAGAAUCCAUGGUGACACAAGGAAAAAACACCAAAAUUAGAAGAGGAAUGAUGUCCCUGAGGAGGAGGAAGCCGUUCCAGCUCAUGGUGCUGAGGCGUCUCCGGGAGCUCAAGAAGAUCGUGCCGGUGGGCACUCGUCGCAAGGCCGACGUCGACGCGGUGCUCCAGCAAACCGCCGAGUACAUCUGCGCGCUAGAGCUGAAGGUGGCCAUCCUACGGAGGCUCUCCAACAUCUACGGUGUGUAGCCAGCUCUGGUGAAGACAGCCGAUGAUUUGCAUGCCAGUCACCAGCACAUGUAAGAGGGACGAGAGAACCUAGCUACAUUUCUUGCCAUGGCCACCUCUGUUCAACUCCUCCCUACCACCAACCAAGUAGUAGCAUAUUGUGCCUUCCCUAUGCGAUUGGUUGGUCGCAUAUGGAAGUGUGUCUAUUAGUUAAAUCUGUCUGGAAAAGCCAGCCCCUUUAUCCAGCUGAUUGCAAGAAAUUGCUUUGACUGGUGGUUGUCAAUACGCUAGCUGGUCUGCAUGCAUGGUUCAUGUAUUUCAUUUGUUUGUAUGUGUGGGUGUGUGUCAACAGAUUUUUGCCUAGCUCUUCCAUUUACUGCCUCCAGUCAUUGGCAGGGCUUCUAAGACUAUAUGCACAAACACAUGCAACCA